AGAUGGAGGUCUUCAAAGCGGGAACUGCGCUUUUAGCUUUUCUCUUCAUUUGGAUCAAGGGAGGAUCGUCCUUUGUACUCGAACAAAAUUGUGGAACAAGAACACCUUCAGAAUUUGCCCCGAAAAUUAAAAACGGCGCAGAUACAUCUGUGUUCGCAAAUCCUUGGAUGGUAAAGAUAAAUAGUGAAAGACCUUGCGGCGGUUCGCUUCUCACCUCUCGAUAUGUUCUAACAGCAGCACAUUGCAUAUUCAACUCUAACAUGAGCGUGAGUUUGGGCGAAUACGAAAUCCAAAAUCCCGGAAAACAUUGUUUUUUAAAUGGGAAGUGCGUACCAACAGCAUACAAAUUGAAUGUUGAUAAGAAAUUUGUCCACAGGGAUUUCUAUAACUCAAAAAAUGACAUAGCUUUGCUUAGACUAGAAAGCGAAGUAGAGUUCUCAGAUUUCGUCAAGCCGAUUUGCCUGAUCGUCAAAAACAAUUUUUCAUUCAUGCCGUUAUCAUUUAAUAUAACUGGCUGGGGAAUAACCAAAGAAGAAAAAUUAAGCCGGAUACUGCAGAUAGCCACUGUAGGCUACUUACAUAAAUCUCUUUGCAACCAGAAAUGGGAGGAAAUGCGUCUCGAUGGAUCUCAACUAUGUGCAGGCGAUUUGAAACAAGGCAACGACUCAUGUGCCGGUGACUCGGGCGGACCACUAAGUUCGUCAAUAACUUUAGCUGAUGGAAGUGUUCGGGCUUUCCAGUUCGGCAUUAUUAGUAAGGGAUCGCACUUUUGUUCAGGUGUUGGUAUCUAUACUAAUGUUGAACAUUUUCGAGACUGGAUCGUGGAUGUGAUUAGAAAAAACUAGUACCAUAUACUCGUUACAAGCUGUUGGAAUAUGACCUGUGCCGGUUGUGGAAACUUCUACGUAAACUUUGCCACAAUACAGACUCUAGGGUCUAGAUCUAUAAAAAAAAUUUGCAAUAAAUAAAAUGGUUCACCUGUCAGUCUGACCUGUUUAUAUA